AUGCGCCAAGCCGGCCGGUACCUCCCCGAAUAUCACGAGGCCAAGGGCAACCGGGACUUCUUCGAGUGCUGCCGUGAUGCCGAGGUCGCCUCGACCCUGACCCUCCAGCCCAUCGAGCGCUUCGCAGGGCUAAUCGAUGCUGCCAUUAUCUUCUCCGACAUCCUCGUCAUUCCCCAGGCCAUGGGAAUGGUCGUCGAGAUGGUCGACAAGAAGGGCCCGAACUUCCCGGACCCGCUCAGGUCGCCGGACGACAAGCAGUACGCGGAGGUGAUGCAGAGGCAGGUCGACGUCACUAAGGAGCUUGGAUACGUUUACAAGGCCAUCACCCUGACGAGGAAGAAGCUUCAAGGCCGUGUGCCCCUGAUUGGAUUCUGUGGCGCACCGUGGACGCUGCUCUGCUACAUGGUUGAGGGCGGCGGUACAAAGUUGUUCAAGGAGAGCAAGACCUGGAUUUACAAGUACCCAGAGCAGUCAAAGGUGCUGCUGCAGAAGAUUGCAGAGUUGUGUGUCGACCAUCUCGCCCACCAAGUUGAGGCUGGUGCCCAGCUCGUCCAAGUUUUCGACUCAUGGGCUGGUGAGCUCUCACCGGCUACCUUCAAGGAGUUCUCAGAGCCGUACCUGGAAUACAUAGCGGAGAACCUCCCAAAGAAGCUGAAGUCGUUGGACUUGGAGCCAGUACCCAUGAUUGCUUACCCCAAGGGUGCUUGGUACGCUCUAGACGCAAUGUGUGACUCGAAGUACAACGUUGUUGGUCUUGACUGGCUCCACGAUCCUGCAGAUGCAGCCAAAACCCGCGGCGACCGGAAGAUCGGGCUCCAGGGUAAUGCUGACCCUGGUGUCCUGUACGGCUCUCACGAGGCAAUAACGAAGACGGUGAAGAACAUGGUUGAGGGCUUUGGCUGGGCACAGAGGAAGCAGGGCUGGAUUGUGAACCUCGGGCACGGCAUCACUCCAUUCGUCAAACCAGAUGACCUGAAGUUCUUCUUUCAAGAAGUUCACCGACUCACACUUGCUGCUUGA